AUGGCGGCAGGCCCAAGCGGCAUUCUUGUCUUGGAUUUGACGACGUCGAGUUUCUCCACGCUUCAGCUUCCACAAGGAGUGGCGCAUGGCAGCGGAGGCACCACCAUAUUGUCACGGGCUGGUGAUGCUUCUGGUGUAUAUCUCAUCCAUGUUAAGGUGUUUCAACUCCGCGUCUGGUUCCGCAUGGGGGACAACUGGUUGCCGGUCGAUAGCAUCUGUCUACAUGAAAUGUGUGCUAAUUUGAGGAAGUCGGAUUCCACAAUCAAGGAUGGGCAUACUGUUCUUCUCAUGGACCAGGUGGUGGACUAUGGUGGUUUUGUGUUCUUGCAGAUGGGUGGAUGCGUACUGCACUUGGAUAUCAGGUGCAGGACAUUGUGUAAAGUGUAUGAAUACAAAAGCACUCGUUACCGUGAUAUCCAUCCUUUUAUGAUGAUCUGGCCUCCCAUAUUCCCCACGGUCAAGUAUGAUCCUGCAAGAACUGUAACUUAA